AUGCAAGGCGUUGCGCAGGAACGUGCCAAUGCUCAGAUAGUGCAGCUCAUUCCUUUCGAUUCGGCUCGCAAGUGCAUGGGUGUUGUUGUUCGCCUUCCGGGUGGUGUUUACAGGCUUUAUGUCAAGGGCGCUUCCGAGAUUCUUUUGAACAAGGCUACUAGAUAUAUCUCGGACGUUACCAAUGAGGGACCUAGCGACAUGGAGCUCACUUGUGAGGGUGUCAAGUUUCUCACCGACACUAUCAACUUUUAUGCUGAACGCUCCCUGAGGACCAUUGGAUUAUUGUACAAGGACUACUCUCAGUGGCCACCAAUUGGCGCGAAAGUUAUAGAGGACGAUGCUUCGAUGGCUAGCUUUGACGACAUCUUCAACGAAAUGACCUUCGUCGGUAUCGUUGGUAUUCAGGACCCUCUUCGCCCUGGUGUCUCUGAGGCCGUCAAGCAGUGCCAGGGUGCCGGUGUCAUCGUCAGGAUGGUUACAGGUGAUAAUGUGAUCACUGCGCAGGCUAUUGCCGCGGAGUGUGGGAUCUUUACUGAAGGCGGGAUCAUUAUGGAGGGGCCCAGCUUCCGCAAGUUGACGGAGGCAGAGAUGGAUGAUAUUCUCCCUAGACUCCAGGUUUUGGCUAGAAGCUCGCCUGAGGACAAGCGUAUCUUGGUUCGCCGUCUCAAGGAGCUUGGCGAGACUGUUGCUGUGACUGGAGACGGUACUAACGACGGGCCAGCUCUUAAGAUGGCCGAUAUUGGAUUCAGUAUGGGGAUUGCGGGAACCGAAGUCGCCAAGGAGGCCUCCUCCAUCAUUCUUAUGGACGAUAACUUUUCUUCUAUCGUGAAGGCUAUGAUGUGGGGUCGCGCCGUCAACGAUGCCGUUCGCAAAUUUCUCCAAUUCCAGCUCACUGUUAACAUCACGGCUGUCCUCCUCACUUUUGUCUCUGCCGUUUCUUCCGCCGAUGGAUCAUCGGUUCUCACUGCCGUGCAGCUCCUCUGGGUCAACCUGAUUAUGGACACCUUCGCUGCUUUGGCCCUCGCCACCGACGCUCCUACUCCCCAGAUCCUGAACCGCAAGCCGACUCCCAAGUCCGCCGGUCUCAUCUCGUUGAAUAUGUGGAAGAUGAUUAUCGGACAGGCAAUCUUCCAACUCCUCGUCACUUACACCCUCUACUUUGGCGGCAUGACGAUCCUUGGCUAUUCUACUGAGAAUGACGAAAAGCCACCCCAAGGGACGAGUUGA